AUGGCGUCUUGGGGCCUCCUCGACGACAAGGAGGAGAACGAACUCCACAAGUCCCGACUGUUGAACGUCGAGGAGAAGCCAUUCAAACGCAUAACCAAGCGCCUCAAUACUCUCCACUCCAUCACCACUGCUCGAGCCCGCCAGGCACCGACACCGCCCCCCGAAACAAACGGCGCAAGCCAGCCACCACCACCACCACAACAGCGCGACGAGACACCGGGCCCCGGCACCGAUGCUGCUGCCACUGGAGACGGCUUCCCCGAUCUAGCCCAGAUUCGCGAAGACAUAACGAUUGAUUUUGCGGCCUUCGACAGCGGUAUCGCACGGCUGCAAUUCUUGUUGACGGCCAACGAGCGCGAACGCGAGCGAUAUGCCACGGAGCGCGAACGUAUCCUAGCCGCAUCACAAGCAGUACGCGACGACACAGCCCAGCUUCGUACGCAGCUGGAACAAGCACGUGCUACCCUCGCGCAACGCCGGGAGUUUGAUGCGCUUGCCGAUGCCAUUACGAGCAACGCGGCACUCCGUCCGCGGGCCGAACAGGCGGCCGUGUUAGUCAAGCUACGUGAUGAAAUUGCAGAUUUAGAGGCAGAGCGGGAGGCAUACGGUGUCACGUGGAAUGAACGGCGCGAACAGUUUGCUAAGAUCAUGGACGAGAGCAUGCGACUGAGGCGACUAAUCCGCGAUGAGAAGGAGGAAGUUGAAAGGCGAGAGGGUAUGGAGGACGACGAAGGCGGCGCCACGCCGCGGCCUUCAGGGCUAGGUAGCCGGGAAGGAUCUCCUCACCCGGAAGGAAGGUUAGCACCUAAGAGCGUUGCGGGGAGCGAGGCGGUAGGCACACCACGGCCACUGUCUGCUGGGGGGAGGACACCGGUGAGGGAUAGCCCUGCUCCGGGCCAAGACGGGCUCUCCUUUGUGGCGGCUAAGCGGGCAACAACGGCUACGGAUGCCAACUAUUUGCAGGUUGGGAGCCAAAUGGGGAGCCAGGCAGGGAGCCGUGAAGGUUCGGCGGAGCGGGAAACACAGGCCUCGGCGGAGGAGGGCGAGGAUGUCGAGAUGGUGGAGGUCACGAAGGACCAUGAGUCGGAACCCGACAGCCCACUCACACCGCCUCCAGCUGAGGACACGCCGCAGAUUGUGGUCAAUGGUGAAGGCGAUAGCAUGGACACUACAUAA